AUGAACCUUGAUGAAGAUGAGUCUGUAUCUGAUAUACUUUCGGAAAUCGACGAGACAGCGCGCGAUGUGCAUCACGAAACCAAGCUCGUUCAAAUUCCAAAGGUGCAUCUUGUCGUUGUUGCUUGCGAGGGCAAGUCAAAAUCAGCUCUCGAUGAGGCUCACAAUAUGAUCAAAUCUGCUGUAUUACUUUCGAUAGACCCCAAGAUCAAGGUGACGAUUUUCACGAACGAAGGCAACGAAGACCACGUCCGAAGUCUCUUCCUAAGCUGGCCCGUGAGCGCCCAAGAGCGCAUCCAACUCAAUGUGAGAACAGUUCAUUAUCCUCUGCCGCCCGAGGAAGUGUCCGAAUUUCGCGACUGGUGGGGCCCUUGCGCCUCUUUCCGUCUUUUCUUGCCCGAGGUGCUCUCUGAUGUCGACUCUGUUAUCUACGUCGACUCCGAUGUGUUGUUUCUUGCGCCGCCUCAGGAUCUCUGGUCCCACUUUGACAAGUUUGACGAACGCCAGGUUGGCGCAUUGGCUCCCCGAGUCGGCUGGGAUUUCAAGGUCCCAGGGUCGAACCCUAACUUCAUUCUCCGCGCUGGCGCUGGAAUGACUCAAGUGAACUCGGGCGUUUUUCUGAUGAACUUGACUCGCAUGCGCGAGCCUGUGUUCAAUACGGCAGAGUCAAUAUCGCUGAAUUCUUUCAAGUGGGACAAAGAUCUUUUGCUUCCGCUCUACUACAGGAAUAAGAAGGACAUGUUUGGCGAUCAGAACUUGAUCAACACGGCAUUCCAUUACAAUCCAGGAACGACGUUUUACAAUAAUUACUCGCCCGUCUUCAAAGCUAUCAACGACGGCUUCACCAAGUAUAACUGGCAAAACGACUUGACGGAGCAUCUUUACCGCGAAAUCGAGCAGCGGGUUCGCGACCCAAGUGUCGAGAAUCACGAACAUUGUGGUGGCCAUUCGGAGACUUUUCUCAAAACGCUAAGGAUAUUCGUCGAGAAGUACAAGACCCUCGAUCGCGUUAUAUAG